GUCCUGUGUACUCGCUCCUCCUCAUUGGCUGCUCGCUGUAGGCUGGGACAGGCUCAGCCAAUGGCAGGAGGCCGUGAGCCCAGUAAUGCAGCAGCAGCCUGGUCUCCUCAUCCCUAGGAGUCUAUUGUAAGGGAGCAGCACAAAGAGCGCACUGCACUGCUCACUGCAUCUGACUGGAGAGCGCCGCAUUGUGGAAGAUGAGCACCAGCAUCAGGUACAAGAGCAAGCUGCUGAAGACAGAUGAGAAGGAGACAGCAGGGUUUGAUGGAUUCGGAAGUGGUUUGACAUUGGGCUCCCAUGAGGGCCGCCCUCAGACUCUUGCCACGGAUCAAGAAAAGCAAUAUGUUGGGUUUGCAACGUUACCCAAUCAAGUCCAUCGGAAAUCUGUGAAGAAAGGGUUUGACUUCACUCUGAUGGUGGCUGGUGAAUCCGGCCUAGGAAAAUCUACCUUAGUGAACAGCCUGUUCCUGACAGAUCUCUAUAAGGACAGGAAGUUGCUUAAUGCAGAAGAAAGGAUUAACCAAACAGUAGAGAUUGUGAAGCACACGGUGGACAUUGAAGAGAAAGGGGUGAAGCUGAAGUUGACCAUCGUGGAUACCCCUGGAUUCGGAGAUGCAGUGAACAACACAGAAUGCUGGAAGCCCAUCACUGACUACAUAGACCAACAGUUUGAGCAAUAUUUCCGGGACGAGAGUGGACUGAAUCGAAAAAACAUCCAGGAUAACAGAGUGCACUGCUGCUUGUACUUCAUCUCACCUUUUGGACAUGGGCUGCGGCCAGUGGAUGUGGCUUUCAUGAAAGCUCUGCAUGAAAAGGUUAACAUUGUUCCUCUAAUUGCCAAAGCCGACUGCCUGGUACCCAGUGAGAUCCGGAAACUGAAAGACAGAGUAAGAGAAGAGAUUGAAAAGUUUGGAAUAAAAGUCUAUCAGUUCCCAGAAUGUGAUUCAGAUGAAGAUGAUGACUUUAAACAGCAGGACAAGGAGCUGAAGGAGAGUGCACCUUUUGCUGUAAUUGGAAGCAAUACAGUGGUAGAGGCCAAAGGUCAAAGGGUACGAGGUCGUCUCUAUCCGUGGGGCAUAGUGGAAGUGGAAAACCAGGGACAUUGUGACUUUGUGAAGCUUCGAAAUAUGCUGAUCCGGACUCAUAUGCAUGACCUGAAGGAUGUUACAUGUGAUGUGCAUUAUGAGAACUACAGAGCCCAGUGUAUCCAGCAGAUGACUAGGCAUGAAGAAGUUUUGAACCCAGCAGAAAGCAAACUGACUCAGGACAAUAGGAUAGAGAGCCCCAUCCCUAUCCUUCCUCUGCCAACACCUGACGCUGAAACAGAAAAACUCAUAAAAAUGAAGGAUGAAGAGCUGCGGAGAAUGCAAGAAAUGUUGCAGAAAAUGCAGCAGCAGAUACAAGAGCAGUGAGCAUCCCACCUCGAUGGCACUUACCCCUCACAUUUCCUGCUUCCCAACCUGUCACUACAUGGACCAGUUUGGAGAUGGAUGUGGUACCCGUGGACUCAUUGCAGUAUCUUAUUUAUUGUCCUUAAUACCCGUCCAAUAUGAACUCCUCCCCCUGUUGACCCAUCACGUUUCUCCGGAACAUCCCUUCAUGGAGCCAAGCACAUAUCAAGCAGUUACCGUCAUGUCCAUGCCCAAUGCAUCAAUGAGUUGCAGCAAAACCAUCUUUUUCGCCAUAUUUGAGUGUUGUCAGGACUGUUGCAAACAUGUAUUGGAAACAGCGCCCAUGGACAUACUGGGUGAUCAUUUCUAAUGUAUCCUGCAUCUUCCACAAGGCUCUGUCUAACACAGAAGGGAUAUUUAUCGGGAAGGGAGGCGGCUCAGUAAUUGUUUUCUACCUACACCAUAUCCCUGCUCGACAAGAAGCUUGUGUUUUAUUUGUACAGUGUUGCAGUUUCUUGGACUCAGGACUUCUUAUUUUUUGUUGUUUUGCUGUACCAAUGUUUACUUGACCAAUAGCCUGCUACAUAUUAGAGCGCACCAGAGGAUGCAUUGCCUGGACAGCAGUGCAAAGGAUGCACAGCGCCUGCACUGGUUUUCUAAGCGUCUAGUCAUCAUGGGACAUCAUUAGCUGCAGGUAAAAGGGAAUAAAGCCCUCGAUUUCUCUCACUUUGGUUAGACUGCGUUCCUCCAAUGAGGCUAUGGUGCUGUUGGUGGAUAUUGAAAUUAAAGAGUUAAGCUUUUUUAUUUGGGAUCUUUUUCUCAGUUUUUUCUACAAAAAUACAUUAUCAUAACCUACAUUAUUAUAACCUCAUUGUGUGGACACAGCCUUUCACUUAUCAUAAAUUCAUAUCUUAAGAUGUUGAUUCUGAUGCCCUUAGGAUAAGUCAUCAGUAUCUGAUCGACGGGGGUCCGACACCCAGGAUCCCCACCGAUCAGCUGUUUGGGAAGGCACAGGCGCUCCUGUGAGUGCUGCGGCCUUCUCCG